CACCCCAGCAAACCUCCGGGCCCCCAGGCAUGGCUAGCUCGUGUGCCGUGCAGGUGAAGCUGGAGCUGGGGCACCGCGCCCAGGUGAGGAAAAAACCCACCGUGGAGGGCUUCACCCACGACUGGAUGGUGUUCGUGCGCGGUCCGGAGCACAGUAACAUACAGCACUUUGUGGAGAAAGUCGUCUUCCACUUGCACGAAAGCUUUCCUAGGCCAAAAAGAGUGUGCAAAGAUCCACCUUACAAAGUAGAAGAAUCUGGGUAUGCUGGUUUCAUUUUGCCAAUUGAGGUUUAUUUUAAAAACAAGGAAGAACCUAAGAAAGUUCGCUUUGAUUAUGACUUAUUCCUGCAUCUUGAAGGCCAUCCACCAGUGAAUCACCUCCGCUGUGAAAAACUGACUUUCAACAAUCCCACAGAGGAGUUCAGAAGAAAGUUGCUGAAGGCAGGAGGGGAUCCUAACAGGAGUAUCCAUACCAGCAGCAGCAGCAGCAGCAGCAGUUGUAGCAGCAGCAGCAGCAGCAGCAGUAGCAGCAGCAGCAGCAGCAGUAGCAGCAGCAGCAGCAGCAGCAGCAGUAGCAGCAGCAGCAGCAGCAGCAGCAGCACCAGUUUUUCCAAGCCUCACAAAUUAAUGAAGGAGCACAAGGAAAAACCUUCUAAAGACUCCAGAGAACAUAAAAGUGCCUUCAAAGAACCUUCCAGGGAUCACACCAAAUCUUCCAAAGAAUCCUCUAAGAAACCCAAAGAAAAUAAACCACUGAAAGAAGAAAAAAUCGUUCCUAAGAUGGCCUUCAAGGAACCGAAACCCAUGUCAAAAGAGCCAAAACCCGACAGUAACUUACUCACGAUCACCAGUGGACAGCAAGAUAAGAAGGCUCCUAGUAAAAGACCCCCUAUUUCAGAUUCUGAAGAACUCUCAGCCAAAAAAAGGAAAAAGAGUAGCUCAGAGGCUUUAUUUAAAAGUUUUUCUAGCGCACCACCACUGAUACUCACUUGUUCUGCUGAUAAAAAACAGAUAAAAGAUAAAUCUCAUGUCAAGAUGGGAAAGGUCAAAAUUGAAAGUGAGGCAUCAGAGAAGAAGAAAUCAACUUUACCACCAUUUGAUGAUAUUGUGGAUCCCAAUGAUUCUGACGUGGAAGAGAAUAUGUCCUCUAAGUCUGAUUCUGAACAGCCCAGUCCUGCCAGCUCCAGCUCCAGCUCCAGCUUCACACCAUCCCAGACCAGGCAACAAGGUCCUUUAAGGUCUAUAAUGAAAGAUCUGCAUUCUGAUGACAACGAGGAGGAAUCAGAUGAAGCAGAGGAUAAUGACAAUGACUCCGAAAUGGAGAGACCUGUAAAUAGAGGGGGCAGCCGGAGUCGCAGAGUUAGCUUAAGUGAUGGCAGUGAUAGUGAAAGCAGUUCUGCUUCCUCACCCCUACAUCAUGAACCCCCGCCACCCUUAUUAAAAACCAACAACAACCAGAUUCUUGAAGUGAAAAGUCCAAUAAAGCAAAGCAAAUCAGAUAAGCAAAUAAAGAAUGGCGAAUGUGACAAGGCAUACCUCGAUGAACUGGUAGAGCUUCACAGAAGGCUGAUGACGUUGAGGGAAAGACACAUUCUGCAGCAGAUUGUGAACCUUAUAGAAGAAACUGGACACUUUCAUAUCACAAACACAACAUUUGAUUUUGACCUUUGCUCGCUGGACAAAACCACAGUUCGUAAACUACAGAGUUACCUGGAAACAUCUGGAACAUCUUGAGGAUACAACAACUGGAUGCAUCAAAAACUAUUGUUUUUUUUUUUUUUUUGGUUGUGUUUUUUUUUUCCUUGUUUGUUUAUAUGAAAACACUCAGAAUGAUGCAACCAAAAGGGAAAAAAAUAAAAAGCAAACAACC